GAACUGUGCAAUGGGGAAUUUAUGAAUCGCCGUGAGCUGGAGCUGGCUGAAAGAAAUGCCAAGAUUCAACAAGCCUGGGUGGAACGGUCUCAUAGAAUUGCUUAUGAACAUGAGGAGAGAAACAGGGAAUUCCAGAUCACAUGCUUGAGCCAUAUCCUCAACAUUUGAUGGAUAGUGUCCACAAGAAGCUUUCUGAGCAAAAAUUCAUUGUCCCUGGAUCUUUAACUGAGCUUGAAGAAGAAGUUCGUCUCGAUUACAUGACAACUUUAAAAUUUGUCAUAUUUGAUUAUAUCAUGCUUGAUCCAGCUGAAAGAGAACGUUUGAACAUCAAGACAUAUCCAAAAGCCUUUAUACGAGUGUGCAUUCGAGCUCCUGUUCCGUGGCACCAGGUGGUGAUAAUCAACAAACAAAUGAUUGAACAUCAUCUUUUCAUUGUCAAUCCAGUGGUAGUUGCAUUAAGAAACCUCUGGUUAGACGAAUACAAUGAGAUGCUCAUUGUUCCUGUACAUUUGUUAGAAGAGACCAAUCCAUUUCCAUUAGAACUAACUGAAUUGGAGAAAGAGGUUGACAACUUGUGCAGUGCAUCUUACAGCCGCUUACGAAAUGAGUGGCUUCCAAAGUGUGCUGACAAAUUCUUGGAGAUGAAGACGGCAUGGCGAUCUCUUGUUCCUGACAAAAAUCGAGAUUCUCUUAAGUUAAUAGAGUCAUUCUUCUAUUGUGCUCGUAUCUUGAUGUCUAUGCAGCUUCGGAGUUUGGUCAUGCGCUCUCUACAUCAUAUGCUCUCUUUAUUUGUGCGCUUUAAAGGUGGCAAUAAUUUUGGAAAUGUGUACAGGGAUUAUGCUUGCAUUAAUAUUCCUUUGGUGACAGUGACAGUAAAGGCAUCCCCACCAAGUACAGACCUUACUUUUUACCCAAUUCUAGAUGAUAUUAGAAAAUUUGUGCACAGCUGUUUCAGCAAAAUAUUAGAAGUCAACUCUGAUAUUCCAUGUGUAGAAUGUCUUCUUUUUACUGACAUGCAGGAUUCAGGUUUAACAUUAUACCCAGUAGUCGAGUCAGAAAAGGAAGUUAUUGCCAUCAUUCAAGAGGCCUUAACCAGCUUUGACACAAAUCUUGUUGGUCCAAAUGCAUUUCUUAAAGAGUAUGAGCCAUACUUUUACAUUCUUGAUGGAACUGCUGAAAGAGAUGUCAAAGGGUUGUUUGAUGUAGAGCCUCUACCUUUUCUCAAGGACUUUGCAAUAGAAAUAGAAAAACUUGAAGAAAAAAUUUUGGAGGUUGACUUUUUGCGUCGAACGAUACCCUUGAACUUUAUUAGUCUUAAUUGUGCUGAAGUUAAUGAUACAAUGGUCAACAUAUUAAGUGAUCUGAAAAACUACAUAACAAAUUUCUUUGUCACUAAAAUUCGCACUGAAAAUAAACUAAUCUGUCGUACAUUUGAGGACAUAUGCAAUAGAGUGAGUGAGCUUCCUGAGAAAACUGCUGAAUUAGUUGAACUAACUCACUUUAUGAUUCAAAGUAGAGACGUAACGGUAUUUGACUUGAAUGUUCAAAUUUUGAAUAUAGCAGAGAAUCUUCUAUUCAUCAUUGAUCGUACAAUCUUACCUAGUGAAGACAUCCAACUGAAUUCAAGAGUAUUUAACUGGCCCCGUGAAAUAGAUGUCUCUUUGGAACUUGCUAACACCCGCCUUUCACAUCGGAGAGACAUUGUUGAAAAUGCUCUACGAAAUCGCCUGGAUGAACUAAAUGUCUCAAUUGCAAAGCAUGGGAAAGAAUUGGACUUAUUUCGACGCAAAGAUCCUCCUCUUCUUACCAUGGAGGAGAUGGAAGAAAGUGCAGCUUCUAUCAAUGACAUCCAAGAAAAAUUAUUUGAGGACAAAGUCAUUGCCAAUGAAAUUAAUGAAGAAGAAGGCUUGUUAGAGUUUGAGCUCACACCAUUCAGCAAUCUUAAUAACAUGUUGGUGGUAGUUGAGCCUUUCCAUCGCCUGUGGCAUACUGUUCUGAACUUUCACAAACAGUAUGAUAAAUGGUAUUAUGGCCCAUUCUUGCAUUUGGAUGCCGAACAAAUUGCGGAAGAAGUGGAAGCAACAUGGCGUACAUUGUACAAACUGGCAAAGACUCUUCAAGAUACUCCUGGUGCUAAAAGAAUAGCUGAGAUGGUGCGUGCGAAGGUUGAAAAAUUCCGACAAUAUGUUCCUGUUCUCACCACAAUCUGUAAUCCUGGUAUUCAAGAAAGGCAUUGGGAAAAGCUUAGUGAAGUUGUAGGAGUGCCUCUUAAGCCUGAUGAGAAUACGUCUUUGGAAGAUAUGAUUGAAGUGGGUUUGCCUCAACAUUUGCAAGCUUUAGAGGAGAUAGGCAUAGCUGCUACCAAAGAAUAUGCUCUUGAGAAGAACCUUAAAAAGAUGAAAGAUGAGUGGCAGGAUAUGGAAUUUGAACUUAAUUUGUACAGAGAUUCUGGAGUGUCUAUAUUGUCAGCUGUUGAUGACAUACAGAUGUUACUUGACGACCAUAUCUUGAAGGCUCAGACAAUGCGGGGCUCACCCUAUGUGAAGGCUUUUGAAGCCGACAUGGUUGCUUGGGAGGAGAAAUUGAUAAGCAUGCAAGAUAUUCUUGAUGCUUGGCUUACGUGCCAAGCAACAUGGCUCUAUCUUGAACCAAUCUUUAGUUCGGAAGACAUAAUGAGGCAAAUGCCUCAAGAGGCAGCUAACUUUAGAAAAGUAGAUAAGGCAUGGCGGGCAAUAAUGACAAACACUGUUGCCGAUCGACAUGUACUCAUAGCCACAGACUAUCCUAAUAUGUUGGACCUGCUGAGAGAAAAUAAUGUUUUGCUUGAAGAAAUUCAAAAAGGGUUGAAUGAUUACCUUGAAAAGAAAAGACUCUUCUUUCCAAGGUUCUUUUUCCUUUCUAAUGAUGAGCUGUUGGAAAUACUUUCCGAAACAAAGGACCCUGAGAGAGUUCAACCGCAUCUCAAAAAGUGUUUUGAAGGCAUCAAUAGAUUGGAGUUCAACUCAGAUUGUGAAAUUCUUGGCAUGAUCUCUGCAGAGUCAGAAAAUGUUCCUCUUAUCAAUAGAAUACAACCACAUGAUGCCAAGGGAAUGGUAGAAAAAUGGCUUGUACAAGUUGAGGAACUGAUGGUGAAAUCAAUGCGAGCAAUUGCUUUAGAUGCUGUAGCAGCGUACUUUAAUACUGCAAGAUCGUUGUGGGUACUUAACUGGCCUGGAAUGAUUGUUCUGUGUGGGAGUUGCAUUCACUGGACUGCAGAAGUAUCUGAAGCUAUCUCUGCUGGAACCUUGAAGACUUACUUGGAAAAAAGCAACCAACAAAUUGAUGAAAUGGUGGAACUUGUCAGAGGCAAAUUAUCAAAAGGAUCCAGAAUUACUGUGGAGGCUCUUAUUGUCAUUGAUGUUCAUGCUCGAGAUGUUGUAAGAAUGUUAGAAGAUCGACAUGUCUCUUCUUUAUUGGAUUUCAAUUGGACCAGCCAGUUGCGAUACAACAUGAAGGAUAGCAAUGUCUAUGUUUCUAUGAUCACUACUGAACUAGCCUAUGGAUAUGAGUAUCUGGGAAACACAGGCCGUUUGGUUAUAACGCCUCUCACAGAUCGUUGUUAUAGGACUUUGAUGGGGGCUCUGCGUUUGAAUUUGGGUGGAGCACCUGAGGGUCCAGCUGGUACCGGAAAGACAGAGACCUCAAAAGAUCUAGCCAAAGCUGUAGCCAAGCAGUGUGUUGUUUUUAAUUGUUCUGAUUCUCUUGAUUAUAAAGCUAUGGGCAAAUUUUUCAAGGGUUUGGCAUGUUCUGGAGCUUGGGCAUGCUUUGAUGAGUUUAACCGAAUUGAAGUUGAAGUUCUGUCAGUCAUUGCACAGCAAGUGCUUUGUAUUCAAAUGGCAAUUAUCAACAAACUGGAAAAGUUUGUGUUUGAGGGUGUGGAGUUGAAGUUGAACCCAACCUGUACGAUUUUCAUCACCAUGAAUCCAGGAUAUGCAGGCAGGCAAGAAUUGCCUGAUAAUUUGAAGGUACUCUUCCGCACUGUAGCUAUGAUGGUUCCCGACUAUGCCAUGAUUGGAGAGAUCUCUUUGUAUUCUAUGGGAUUUGUGAAUGCAAGAAGUUUGUCUGAAAAAAUUGUUGAUACUUAUAAGCUGUGCUCAGAACAGCUUUCAUCUCAAAGCCACUAUGACUAUGGCAUGCGUGCUGUCAAAACUGUUUUAACUGCUGCAGGAAACUUGAAACUUAAAUACCCAGUUGAUGAUGAAUAUACUUUGGUUUUGCGAGCUAUCAAUGAUGUCAAUUUACCCAAGUUUCUUUCAGAGGAUGUUCCUUUGUUCUUUGGCAUCAUCUCAGAUCUAUUUCCUGGCAUCAAAUUACCAAAACCAGAUCGUGACGAACUUAUGCAGAAAUUAAAAAAGAAUUUGGAGACAAAAAAUUUGCAGGCCACCGAUUGGUAUGUGGACAAAGUCAUUCAGUUGUAUGAGAUGAUUUUGGUUCGCCAUGGCCUCAUGCUUGUUGGUGAACCCAUGGGAGGAAAAACAUGUGCCUACAAGAACCUUGCAGACUCAUUAGGUGACCUCCACAGCGACUCUAAACAGUCAGAUGAAUUCAAAGUUACAUAUAGAAUAAUUAAUCCAAAAGCCAUUACAAUGGGACAGUUAUAUGGGCAGUUUGAUCCAGUUUCCCAUGAAUGGUCUGAUGGUGUUUUAGCAAAAACAUUCAGAGAAUUUUCUAGCAGCCUGUCUUCAGACCGAAAAUGGAUUUUAUUUGAUGGCCCUGUAGAUGCAGUAUGGAUAGAAAAUAUGAAUACAGUUCUUGAUGAUAACAAGAAACUGUGCCUCAUGUCUGGAGAAAUAAUUCAAAUGACCAACAAAAUGAACAUGAUUUUUGAGCCUGCAGAUUUGGAACAAGCAUCUCCUGCCACUGUCUCAAGAUGUGGUAUGAUAUAUAUGGAGCCUUCUCAGCUUGGCUGGCAGCCCCUUUGCAAGUCUUUCCACUGUUCCCUUAGCUCACGAAUUCUUGACGAGCAAUUUGAACUAAUAGAAGAGCUGACAGCCUGGAUCAUCCCUCCAACCAUUCACUUUGUGCAAACCUCUUGCCGCCAGUUUGUGUGGUCCUCCGAAUUGCACAUGUUCCAGUCAUAUGCUCGCUUGCUAUCUUGUCAUUUGGAAGGAGAAACACAAGUCAGCACUGUUUGGCUUCAGUGUGUAUUCCUAUUCUGUGUGAUUUGGGGCUUUGCUUCAACUGUGACCGGUGAUACAAGGAAAAAGUUUGACACAUUCUUUCGUCAUUUACUGGAUGGAAGAAAUGAUGAACACCCAAGACCUAAAACAUUCAAGUUGAGCAAAUCUCAGUUAUUUCCUGAUAGAGGGACAGUCUUUGAAUGGGUCUUUGAUAAGAAAAAUAACGGUUCCUGGAUCACCUGGCUUGACACUACCGAAAAGGUAACAUUUCCUCCUUCAGCAAAAAUCGGUGACCUUAUUAUACCAACCACAGAGUCUGCCUGUCAAAGAUACUUCUUGAAGACUUGCCUCACAAAUGGAGUUCCUAUUCUGUUUGUUGGACCUACUGGAACGGGGAAGUCAGCCAUUGUGCUCAACCAUCUCAAUGCCUUACCCAAAGAGAAGAUUCUCCCCAAUGUUGUUAACUUUUCUGCAAGAACCUCUGCAAACAUGACACAGGAAAUAGUCAUGUCAAAGCUUGACAGGAGAAGAAAAGGAGUUUAUGGUCCUCCCAUGGGAAAGCAAUAUGUUUUAUUUGUUGAUGAUGUAAGCCUGCCCAUGAAGGACACUUAUGGUGCACAGCCUCCCAUAGAACUGCUAAGACAGUGGAUUGAUCAUCGACACUGGUAUAGUUUGAAAGAUACCACACGUAUUGAUCUGGUUGAUAUUUUAUUUGUGGGAGCUAUGGGUCCACCUGGAGGAAGCUCAAAUCAGGUCACUUCUCGCUUUUUGAGACACAAUCAAAUUAUAGCCAUUGACUCAUUUGAGAAUGACACUCUCACAAAGAUGUUCUACUCCAUUUUAGAAUGGCACUUUGCUAAGGGUUUCAGCCAAGAUGUGGCGAGGUAUGGAAAGCAGAUAGUUGAAGCCACAAUGGACAUCUAUCAUGAAUCAAUGACCCAUUUCCUUCCCACCCCAGCAAAGUCUCAUUAUACUUUCAAUCUUCGUGAUUUUGCCCGGGUUAUAAAGGGAAUUGUCCUGGUUCCCUCUUCCCAUCUUGGUGAUAUAGACAAGCUUUUCAGACUGUGGACUCAUGAAACAUACCGUGUAUUUUAUGAUCGCCUCAUUGAUGAUGCUGAUAGGAAGACAUUUUUUGAAAUGUUACGAUCAACAUGCAAAACUCAUCUGAGGACUCCAUUGGAAAAAGUACUUCAUGAUAUAAUUCCAGAUGGAGAGAAUGAACUGAAAGAUGAACAUAUAAGAGGCCUCUUCUUUGGUAACUACAUGGACCCUGAUGCAGAUCCAAAGAUUUACACCGAAGUUGAAAGUUACGACUUACUUGUCGAGAAGAUGCAGUAUUACUUAAAUGAAUACAAUCUAUUAUCACGCACGCCCAUGUCUCUUGUUCUCUUCAAAUUUGCCAUAGAACACAUUUCUCGCAUUAGCAGAGUCUUGCAACAAGAUAAUGGUCACUGUUUGCUUGUCGGCAUUGGAGGCUCUGGGCGGCAAUCAGCCACUAAACUAGCAGCGAGUAUGGCAGAAUACAAUCUUUUCCAAAUAGAGAUAAACAAAAACUAUGGAAUGAAUGAAUGGCGUGAAGACAUCAGAACUCUGCUUCGAAAAGCUGGUGUGGAAACUAAACCCUAUGUGUUUCUAUUUAAUGAUUCCCAAAUUCAAGAUGAAGCAUUUAUUGAAGAUAUUAAUAUGAUUCUGAAUUCAGGAGAUGUUCCAAAUUUAUUUGGAUCAGAGGAUAAACUUGAAAUUAAUGAGAAAAUGAUGGCUGCCGCUCAAAGUUGUGGAAAAAAGAUUGAGUCCACUCCAUACAAUUAUUUCAUUGAGCGUGUCAAAAAUAGCCUCCAUUUGGCACUGACCAUGUCCCCAAUCGGUGACUCAUUCCGUGAACGAAUAAGAAUGUUUCCCUCUCUCAUAAACUGUUGCACAAUUGAUUGGUUCACCUCAUGGCCAGAGGAUGCUUUAGACCGAGUAGCCACUGUCUUCCUCAAGGAAAUCAAUGUGGAUGACAAAGUGCGCAAGCAGUGUGUUCUUUUAUGUAAAAAGUUUCAUUUGAGUGUCCGAGAAGCUACAAAUGCUUAUUUCCAAAAGACCAAGCGCCUGACUUAUGUAACACCUACUUCAUAUCUUGAACUCUUACAUAUGUUCAAAAAGCUGUAUGACAUAAAAGUUGAACAAAUCAGUAAAAUGGCCAACAGAUAUGAAGUGGGCUUGGAAAAACUAGACUUUGCUGCUGGCCAGAUAGCCUUGAUGAAAGAGGAACUCACACAGUUGCAGCCACAACUGAUUGACACUUCUUUGAAAACUGAGAAGUUGAUGAUAAAAAUUGAACAGGAUACUGUAGUUGUAGAAGCAAAGAAAGAAAUUGUUGCUGCUGAUGAGGCAGUUGCCAAUGAAGCUGCUGCUGCAGCCCAGGCCAUUAAGGAUGACUGUGAAUCAGAUCUUGCUGAGGCUAUUCCAGCUUUGGAGUCAGCAAUCCAAGCCCUGAACACACUAAAGCCAGCAGACAUCACUGUCGUCAAGUCACUCAAAACCCCACCACAUGGAGUACGCCUUGUGAUGGAGGCAGUCUGUGUUAUGAAAGGUAUAAAAUCUGAAAGGAGGCCAGAUCCAAGUGGGUCAGGAAGAAUGAUAGAAGACUACUGGGGUCCAUCUCAGAAGAUUUUGGGUGACUUGAAAUUUCUUGACAGUUUGAAAACAUAUGAUAAGGACAACAUUCCUCCAGCUAUAAUGAAAAGAAUAAGAGAAAGGUACAUUAAUGACAGAGACUUUGAUCCUGGUCAUAUUAAAAACAUAUCAGCAGCUUGUGAAGGCCUGUGUCGCUGGGUUCGAGCCAUGGAAGUUUAUGAUCGUGUAAUCAAAAUUGUAGAACCUAAAAAAGCUAAGCUCGCUGAAGCAGAGGCAGAACUUGCUGUUCAAAUGGAAACUUUAAAUGAAAAGAGAGCACAACUUCAAGAAGUGAUUGACAAGCUACAAGCAUUAAAUGAUGACUUUGCCACAAUGACCCGUCGUAAGAAGGAGCUAGAAGAUAACAUUGAACUGUGCUCACAAAAGAUUGUCAGGGCUGAGCAGCUGAUAGGUGGCCUGGGAGGAGAGAAAGCCAGGUGGAGUGACACAGCUAAAAUGCUACAUGGCCUUCUAGGCAAUAUAGUAGGUGAUGUGCUUCUCUCAUCAGGAUUUAUUGCAUACCUAGGUGCAUUCACUGUUGACUUCCGAAAUGCUUUGAAGAAGUCUUGGAAUCAAUCAUGCAAACAGUUAGGAAUACCAUGCUCUGAAGAAUUUUCGUUGAUUGAUGUUCUUGGAGAUCCAGUCUCUAUCAGGGAGUGGAAUAUAGCUGGAUUACCUGUUGACAGUUUCUCUGUUGAGAACGGAAUAAUUGUCACUCAGGCUAGAAGGUGGCCUUUGAUGAUAGACCCUCAAGGUCAAGCAAAUAAAUGGAUAAAACACAUGGAAAAGGCUAACAAUUUGCAUGUUAUAAAGCAAUCAGAUCCCAGUUUCUUGCGGAUUAUUGAGUCUGCCAUUCAAAUGGGCCACCCAGUCAUGUUAGAAAAUAUCUUGGAAGAUAUUGAUGCGGCUUUAGAACCGGUACUAUUGCAGUCUAUCUUCAAGCAAGGUGGAAUUGAAUAUUUGAAUUUCAGCGACAACAUGCUUGAAUAUAACCGAGAUUUUCGUCUUUACAUCACAACCCGCCUUCGCAACCCACACUACCUUCCUGAAAUUGCUGUUAAGGUCACUCUUCUUAAUUUCAUGUUAACACCUCAAGGCUUGCAAGAUCAGCUUCUUGCAAUUGUCGUAGCCAAAGAGUGCCCAGAGAUGGAAGAACGCAAGAAUAAUCUGAUAGUUGAAAGUGCUGAUAAUAAAAGACAGCUAAAGGAGAUUGAAGAUCAAAUUCUUAUGGUGUUGUCAUCAUCAGAAGGGAAUAUCCUGGAAGAUGAAUCAGCAAUUCAAAUUUUAACAUCUUCAAAGAUACUAUCAGAAUCUAUUCAGGCCAAACAAGAAGUUGCAGCAGUGACAGAGAAAGAAAUUGACCAAACCCGAAAUAUGUACAUUCCUGUCUCAGCACACUCUGCAGUUCUUUUCUUUUGUAUAUCUGAACUAGCAAAUAUUGAUCCAAUGUAUCAAUACUCCCUCAUUUGGUUUAUAAACCUAUAUUUGCAGUCUAUUAACAACAGCGAAAAGUCAGACCAACUGGAAAAACGAAUGGCAAAUUUGAAUGCACAUUUCACUAUGAGCAUUUAUAGAAAUGUUUGUCGAUCUCUUUUUGAAAGAGACAAACUUAUAUUCUCUCUUGUACUGUGUGUAGGAGUGUUGCGAUCCAAGCGGAGAAUUCAAGAAGAUUUGUGGACCUUCCUUCUAACUGGAGGUGUUGCCCUGGACAACCCUCAUGAAAAUCCAGAUGCAUCAUGGCUUUCCUCCAAAUCUUGGUCUGAAAUAGUUCGAUUAUCAAAUCUUCAUGGACUUGAUGGGCUUAUGAAAUCAGUCCAAAGUGACACUGCAGCAUGGAAAGCCUACUAUGACUCUUCAUCUCCACAUCUUGAGAAACCUCCAGCCCCUUACACAGAUGUCAAAGGCCUGCAAAAGCUUGUAAUAUUAAGAGCUCUGAGGCCUGACAAACUAGUACCGGCCAUACAGGAAUAUGUGCUGAAUAAUAUGGGUCAGUCAUUCAUUGAACCACCUCCUUUCAAUCUCUUGGACUCCUACAAUGACUCACAUAGUGGGUCACCUCUGAUUUUCAUCCUAUCACCUGGAGCAGACCCUAUGCUUCAACUUCUUAAAUUUGCUGAAGAUCGUGGAAUAGACAAGAAUUCUUUAGGAACAAUCUCACUUGGACAGGGCCAGGGCCCAAUUGCAGCAGAGAUGAUCAACCUGGCAAUAAAAAGUGGGCAGUGGGUUGUAUUACAAAAUUGUCAUUUGGCUGAGAGCUGGAUGCCUGAACUUGACCGUAUUUGUGAGGAAGUUAUUGUGCCUGAACAAAUUCACAAAGAUUUUCGUUGCUGGCUUACAAGUUACCCUUCCAAGGCUUUCCCAGUAUCAGUUUUACAAAAUGGAGUCAAGAUGACAAAUGAAGCACCUAAAGGUCUGCGAAUGAAUUUAAUGAGGUCCUACAUGUCAGACCCAAUAAAUAAUUUGGAGUUUUUUAAUGAAUGCUUGAAACAAAAAGAAUGGCGAUGCCUCUUGUUUGGGCUUUGCUUCUUUCAUGCUGUUGUUCAAGAGCGAAGGAAAUUUGGUCCUCUAGGCUGGAACAUUCCUUACGAAUUUAAUGAAUCUGACCUUAGGAUAUCUGUUCUUCAACUUCAGAUGUUCCUUAAUGAGUAUGAUUCAGUGCCAUUUGAUGCCUUAACUUACUUGACUGGUGAGUGUAACUAUGGUGGACGUGUCACUGAUGAUAAAGACAGGCGCCUUUUACUGUCCUUGCUUUCCUGCUACUAUAACAAGGAAAUAAUUGAAAUCCCAAAGUACAAGUUUUCUCCCAGUGGGUUGUAUUAUGUUCCUGAUCCGCCAGAUAUAGAAAAUUGUUUAGCUUACAUCAAGAAACUGCCGCUCAACCCCUUGCCGGAAGUCUUUGGUUUACAUGAAAAUGCAGACAUCACUAAAGACAAUAAGGAAACAGUGGAGCUUCUUCGAGGUGCGCUUUUGACACAAACCCAUCUGAUUACUGGAGGAGCAGGAGGAGACGCAGAUGCAAUGGUUAUCGAUUUAGCAGCUGAUAUUCUUCAGAAAAUUCCCAAGGAAUUUGACAUUGUCUCUAUAGCCGCCAAGUAUCCCAUUAUGUACAGCAAUUCUAUGAACACUGUUUUAAAGCAGGAAUUAGUACGCUUUAAUAGGUUGAUUAAAGUAGUUAAAAGCACUCUGGUUGAAGUCCAAAGAGCAGUGAAAGGCCUGGUGGUGAUGAAUUCUGAGCUGGAAGAGGUAUACCAGAGCAUGAUAGUUGGCCGUGUUCCCAAGGCUUGGGGAGCUAAAUCUUAUCCAUCCCUGAAGCCUCUUGGAGGAUACAUUUCAGAUCUAUUGGCUCGGCUGAAGUUUUUCCAGGAUUGGAUUCUAUAUGGCAGUCCAGUCGUCUAUUGGAUUUCAGGAUUCUAUUUCACCCAAUCAUUUCUGACUGGCGUCUUACAAAACUAUGCACGCCGAGAAAAGAUUCCUAUUGAUCAUCUUGGUUUCCUGUUUGAAAUUACACCUUAUGAAAGAAAAGCUCCUGAAGAUCCCUCUUAUGGAGUUUACACAAAGCGAAAAUUGAAAGUGGAAGAAUUUAGUGUUUUCAUUGAGGGACUAUUUUUGCAAGGUGCCAGGUGGGAUAGAAGUUCGAAAUUACUGAAUGAUCCUCUGCCAAAGGUCAUGUUUGACUCUCUUCCUGUCCUCUGGCUCAAACCAGGAAUCAAGGCCAAAUUUAAUCCACCUCCAUCGUAUAAAUGUCCUGUCUACAAAACCAGUGAAAGACGUGGGGUUCUUUCAACAACAGGACAUUCAUCAAAUUUUGUGAUGUUUAUUUUAUUACCCUCUGACCGAGAAGAGAAUGUAUGGAUUAAUGGAGGUGUUGCUGCUCUGUGUGCUCUAGAUGAUUGACUUUCUCUCAAACCCUGUUAAAUAGCUGUCUAAUUUUGAAAUUUUUGUACUUUGUUUGUUCACUUCUAUUGUGUGUGUAAUCUUUACUCAUUUGGGGAUGAUUGUUAUUUUUUGAACUAAUGUUUCAAAAUAAAUUUUAAAAGUUUAUCUUAUUAUUUCACUCAACCCUCUUU